AUGAUGCAAAGCAGUAGAACCACUGGAGUGUUUAGGCGGCUUAGCAGCAGCGAAAGAUUGAGAGCAACUUCAGGACCAAAGGAAAAGAAAAGCAAAACGACUUCUUCGACUGGUAGUAAAGAUAAACCUUUCGAAUUUGCCCUGCUUGCUUGUGGAGAUGUCGACAGUGAUGAACCAGAUGACAGCUUGAAGAAGGACAUGAUUCUGGAUCGAGGUAUUGUGAGUCUUAAUGAAAAAGAUAACGAAGCUGCUAUUCGUGAAAAACUUGUUUCAUCGCUUAAAGGCAAGUAUGGCAUGAUUGGUCAAAAUGAUUUUCAAUUUAUAAAAGUAAAUCAGAAAAAAAUGUCGGUUCUACAUUUAAGUAAAGGAACAGAGUAUAAUUACAACGUUGUCAAGAAACUUGUAGGUCAAGGGCUUUUGUACGUUAGAAUUAGAAGGGGAUAUGAAUUUGUAAUUGAACAAACUUCAGAUUCUGAAUCAGACUUUGUAAUGACAUAUCCUGCUGCUGAGAAUGAUGCUAAAACUGAAGCACAUCAUUCAGAAGACGAGAACAUGCCCCAGUCAGGACUAGCGGAUGAAUUACCUGUGGCUGCACAGCUACCCUUCUCAGUAGAUCUAUCUCAGCAGCCUGGUUCAAGCACAAAAAAAUGUACAGUUUGUUUUUCAUGAAUAUAAGCAUGGAGAUUGAAAAUAAUUUACGUUCGGUUGAACGUAGUGAAUUAGAACGUUAAUGUAUUUUCUAUAGGAAUGCAAAUAUAUUCUGAUGUGCUUCAUUGACCAUGACCUACAUACUGAUUGGUUCGUUUGUCUAUAUAUACUGAAGUCCGUUCAUGUUCGGUCUCUCACUCUUGUAAUCCAACACUGUAUUAUUGCCUCACUUUCCCGCCCACCCUCCCACACAGGUAGUCUGAUCUAACAUUAUUUUACUCGGUAUUUCUAGGCCGUUCAGAAUUUGUUGGAAGCAGAGUCAGGUACUUCCGCUGUCAGCGUAUCGGACAUUGGGCAAAAGAUUGCAGAGUUCCAAUCACCUGGCCAACGUUGUCAACACCAAACAAAAGUGGAUUCUAUUAUGCAAGCGGCUCAUCAACGCCUAGACCAGCCGGAGGAAACAAGGACGGAAUGUAACGUGGAUAAUGGUAACGAUAGUGUGAUAAACCAAUUGUGUGAGGUAACAAAUUAUGGUGAAUUAGAUAAUGAUUGCCCUCAGAAGGUAUUAGCCAAUGUUAAGGGUCGACUGAGGAAACAUAUUGAAUUUUGGAAGAAAAUUGGAACAUCCAAUUUUAUAUUAUCCGUGAUUAGUGACGGGUACCAUUUGCCAUUUAUACAGGCUCCUCCUUGCAGGGAUAUCUCAAAUAACAAAUCUGCUUUUGCACAUUCUAAUUUUGUCAAUGAGGCUAUAAAUGAGUUGCUUCUAUCAGGGCGAGUUUUGCAGGUUUCGCAGCUACCCCAUGUUAUCAAUCCUCUCAGUGUAUCCGUACAAAGAUCGGGGAAAAAGAGGCUAAUCUUAGAUUUGCGGCAUGUGAAUCAAUAUCUGGAAAAACAAGCGAUUAAAUAUGAAGAUUGGAAAGUAGGUUUAUCAUACUUUCAGAAAGGUGCUUUCAUGAUUUCAUUUGAUCUUAAAAGUGGGUAUCACCACAUAGAAAUUCAUCCGGAAUAUCAAACAUUUUUGGGGUUUGCUUGGAAAUUUCCAGACAGUAAAACACGCAGGUACUUUAUUUUUACAGUUUUACCGUUUGGCCUCUCCACUGCACCACACAUUUUUACCAAAACACUGAAACCGCUUGUCAAAUAUUGGAGGUAUAGCGGAAUCAGUCUAGGACUUUUCCUGGACGACGGGUGGUUGACUGAAAGCGAAAGGGAAGCAUGCAAAGUUUUGUCUCAAAAUAUUAGAUCUGACUUGGCUGACUCUGGGUUAAUUACUAAUGAACAAAAAUGUCAAUGGGAGCCAUGCCAAGUCAUGGAAUGGUUAGGUUUGGUGUGGAACACUUUCAACGGAACUAUUUGUGUUACAGAUAAGAGAAUAACAAGCAUGCUUGAGGGACUAAACUUAGUUUUUCAAAGAAAAUUUUUGGUUUCGGCUCGAGAGUUAGCUUCGCUUGUUGGGAAAAUCAUUUCCGCAGGUUCUGUUUUUGGCAACAUAUCUCGAAUUAUGACUAGAUAUUGUUCUAUUUCAAUCGCGGCUGCUGAAGAUUGGGAUUCUGUUUUUCUGUUAGACGAAUAUUGUCAAAGAGAGUUGACAAUAAGAAAUUGAAUAUAAAAUAUAUUGAUAAUGUAACAAAAAAAUCGAAUUAUGUUAUAUAUUCGGAUGCUAGCAGCACAGGCUGUGGGGCUCAUUUUGAUUUUAAUGGCGAAAAGGUUUGUCACAGACAAUGGGACCACCAGGAAAGCCAGAAAAGUUCUACCUGGAGGGAACUUACGGCUAUUGAAUUUGCAUUAGACUCGUUUUUGCCAUUAUUAAAAGGCACAUAUGUUAAAUGGUUUUCAGAUAGCCAAACAGCUUGCAAAAUUGUUUCCGUUGGAAGUAUGCGAUCUGAUCUACAUAUUAUUGCAAUGAAGAUUUUUCAGAUAUUCGCUGACAAUGCGAUUCAUUUAGAAAUUCAAUGGGUUCCUCGAACGGAGAUUGCAAAGGCGGAUUUUAUAAGUCGUCUCAUUGACAUUGAUGAUUGGCAAAUUACUCGGGAUUGUUUUGAAGCUAUAGACAGGCUUUGGGGUAUACACACCGUGGAUUGUUUUGCUAACUAUUAUAAUAAGAAAGUUAGCAAAUAUUUUUCAAGAUUCUGGAAUCCCGGUUCCAGUGGAGUAGAUUUCUUUGUGCAAAAAAUAAAAGGCGAAAAUUGUUUGGUCGUUCCACCAGUAGACCUCAUUGUAAGGGCACUUCAUUAUUUGUAUGCUUGCAAAGCAACGGCAACCGUAAUUGUACCAUUUUGGCCUUCAUCUCCAUUUUGGCCCAUACUUUCAAGAAAAUACGUGAGUUUCGUAGUCGGCUAUCAGUUCUUCAGCGGAAGACAUUCUUUAGUCCAUGGCCGAAAUACCAAUUCAUUAUUGGGUUCCAAUAGGUUCUUUGGUGAUAUUUUGGCAGUACGUUUACAAUUUGAUUAUUGACGAUCGAACGUUUAGUAUCCGCACGUUUAAUUACAAAGGAAAACAAGGCACUGGCCUUAAAACAGUUACAUUACAUAUUAAAAGUUGACAUUGUCAAGUGUGAUUUUAUUGGCAGGCACUGGCCUAAAUGUUGAAAAUGUGUUCAUGAAACGGAGGAGUUGACAUGUAGCCGGCACUGGCCGAAAAAUUGUAAUUAUGAGUGGCGCUUGCCAGGAAUAAAGUUAUAUCUAAUUGUCAAAUGAGGAAAAGAGAACAAUUAAAGUUUAGUUCAAAUAUUGUUUGUAACGCAAAUUUGUCCCUAUUAAUCUCCCUUAUAGGUAUUUACAAAUUCUACCGAAUGGAAGGCGUUACCAGUCGGUAUCAGACCAGUCACUUCAACGUUACUACAUCAGCUACUUCAAUCUAAAGCACAGUCAACAUCUCAACGAUAUCUCAAAGAGAUCGGCAAGUUUAUCUGUUGGUGUAAGUUAGUUAAGGUUCCAUCAGCGCCACCUUUUUCAGUUUCGUUGGCUGUGGCCUAUAUGUCCAAAGUGUACAAUCAGUCUCAAUCAUACUCCAGUUUGGUUUUAAUACAUUCUGCCCUCAAAUGGUAUCAUUCCUUCCUGCCGCUUGUUCAUCAAAAUCCCUUUGAUAGUAAGAUUUUAUCGAACUUUUUGGAGUCGGCGAAACGCUGUAAGCCAACUGUCAAUAGGAAAGUUCCUAUUUCUCCAGAUAUGAUAAAAGCCAUCGUCGAUAAAUAUGCUACAUCUGCCGCUAGUUUAAAAGAUUUAAGGCUUACUUGUUUAUGCACUCUUGGAUUUGCAGCUUUUCUACGUUUUGAUGAGUUGAGUAACAUAGUACCAUUACAUCUGACUAUCACAUCUGGUUAUUUGAAAAUAUUUAUUCCUCGCGCUAAAAAUGAUGUUUACAGAGAAGGAAACUUCGUGUACGUAAGUCGUCUCAAAGAUAAAUACUGCCCUGUAGCGAUAUUGGAACGAUACAUGAUGAAUGGGGGUAGGGAUUUUAGCAGUAAUCUUCCAUUAUUUAGAGUGCUACGGUUUUAUAAAUCUUCUAACACUUAUAAACUAUGUCGAAAUAAGUUGUCAUAUUCUAGAUGCCGAGAGAUAUUCAAGGAUUGUAUUAAAGAUCUUGGACAUGACAGCAGUCGAUUUGGACUACACAGUUUACGUUCAGGUGGAGCGACGGCAGCAGUUAGACAUAAUAGAAAUUUGUCAGAAAGGUCACUCAAAAUUCAUGGUCGAUGGAGAACGAGUAAUGCGAAAGAUAUGUAUAUUUUGGACGAUGUAGCAGAACGCUUAAAAAUAUCGAAUAAUUUAGGAUUGUAG